UGUUGCUAUAGUAACCUGUUAAUCCCCCCACCGCACACACGCACCAAUUCCCACGCGUGCCCGCGCGGGGAAGCAUCAAGUAACCCCGACGCGAGCGCGCACGCACAGUUGCGAGGCUCCACGUCGUGUGCUUGUCGCUAUAGAAGGGCUAAACCGCUAUCGCGAGCCCUGCCCCAUUCAAACACACACGCACGCACACACACAUAGAGGCAGGUGUGUGGCCAGAAGCACCUCGGACUAACUGCAUGAAUUCGGAAUUAUUUGAAGUGCAGCCGUCAUGCUGUGGACAGCGAGUCAAGUCUGUAGGAGAUUCUCCACCUCGUCCACUUAUAACCAGAACAAGCUAAAACUGGCCAUAAUUGGCCAGAGCUUGUUUGGCCAGGAGGUUUACAGCAACCUAAGAAAGAGCGGUCACAAGGUGGUGGGUGUGUUCACGGUCCCUGACAAGGAUGGCAAGGCUGACCCCUUGGGCAGGCCUUUAUCCUGCGUUAGACGUCUCCACUGUCUGUGGGGUGAGGUAUGGCCCAGGGAUGCAGCUGCAGCCAUGUCAGCAGAGAAAGACGGCACACCGGUGUUCAAGUUCCCGCGGUGGCGGGUCAAGGGGAAGCCCGUCCCUGAGGUGGUCGAGACCUACAAAUCGGUGGGCGCCGAGCUCAACGUCAUGCCUUUCUGCUCCCAGUUCAUCCCCAUGAACAUCAUUGAGCACCCCAAGCACGGCUCCAUCAUUUACCACCCCUCCAUCCUGCCCCUGCACAGAGGGGCCUCAGCCAUCAACUGGACUCUGAUCCACGGUGAUAAAAAGGCUGGGUUUACAGUGUUCUGGGCUGACGAUGGGCUGGACACUGGACCGAUCCUACUGCAGAGGGAGUGUGCCGUGGAACCUAACGAUACGGUGGACACGCUCUACAAUCGCUUCCUCUUCCCAGAGGGCAUCAAGGCCAUGGUGGAGUCAGUGCAGCUCAUCGCUGACGGAAAGGCCCCUCGAAUUGCCCAGUCAGAGGAAGGAGCCAGCUAUGAAGGCAUCCAGAAAAAGUCCAAUGCCAAGAUUGACUUGGCCCAGUCGGCUGAGGCCAUACACAACUGGAUCCGCGGCCAUGACAAAGUCCCCGGUGCCUGGACUGUUAUUAACGGUCAGGCUGUGACCCUCUACAGCUCGUCUCUGUUCGGGGGGUCCGUGCCGGCUGGUCAGCCCCUGGAGAUCGAAGGCGCGUCCCGAACUGCCCUGGUCACCAAGAGCGGACUCGUCCUCUAUGGCACUGAUGGGAAAGCUCUCCUGGUGAAGAACCUGCAAUUUGAAGAUGGGAAGAUGAUUCCAGCUUCCAAAUACUUCUCCUCCGGAGAAAGCUCCAGCGUGGAACUGACGGAUGAUGAGAAGAAGAUGGCUGAGGAGAUCAGGAACAUAUGGAAGGGUAUCCUCAGCAACGUCCCUGUUAUUGAGGACACAACAGACUUCUUCAAGUCUGGAGCUGCCUCCAUGGACGUGGUCAGGCUGGUGGAGGAAAUAAAACAGAGGUGUGCAGGUGUGCAUCUGCAGAAUGAGGACGUGUACAUGGCCACCGCCUUUCAGGACUUCAUCCAGAUGUUUGUCCAGAGGCUGAGGGGGGAGGAUCAGGAGGAGGAGCUGACUGUCAGCUAUGCAACCAAGGAAGUGAACAACAUGACGGUGAAGAUGCCGCACCAGUGUUUUAUCAAUGGCAAGUUUGAGGAUGCAGACAAUGGCAAAACCUACGCCACCAUCAACCCAACGGAUGGAUCAGUGAUCUGUAACGUUUCCUACGCCUCGGUGGGGGACGUGGACCGGGCUGUGGCAGCCGCCAAGGAGGCGUUCGACAACGGCCCCUGGGGCAGAAUGAACCCCAGAGACAGGGGCAGUUUGCUUUAUAAACUUGCAGAUCUGAUGGAGGAACACCAGGAGGAGCUGGCCACCAUUGAGUCCAUGGACUCAGGUGCUGUGUACACGCUGGCGCUCAAGACCCACGUGGGCAUGUCCAUCCAGACCUUCCGUUACUUCGCCGGCUGGUGUGACAAGAUUCAGGGCAAGACCAUCCCCAUCAACCAGGCCAGACCCAACCGCAACCUGACCUUCACGAAGAAGGAACCUCUGGGUGUUUGCGCCAUCGUCAUCCCGUGGAACUACCCACUCAUGAUGCUGGCGUGGAAGAGCGCCGCCUGCCUGGCAGCCGGAAACACGCUGGUGCUGAAGCCCGCACAGGUCACUCCUCUCACGGCACUGAAGUUUGCAGAGCUUUCCGUGAGAGCUGGAAUCCCAAAGGGGGUCAUCAACAUUUUACCCGGGUCAGGUGGCAUGGUGGGGCAGCGUCUCUCCGACCACCCGCACAUUCGCAAGCUGGGCUUCACUGGCUCCACGCCAAUCGGCAAACAGAUCAUGAAGAGCUGCGCCCUCAGUAAUCUGAAGAAGGUCUCCCUGGAGCUAGGAGGGAAGUCGCCCCUCAUCAUCUUCGCUGACUGCGACAUGGACAAGGCCGUCCGCAUGGGCAUGAGCUCGGUUUAUUUCAACAAGGGUGAGAACUGCAUUGCUGCUGGACGUUUGUUCGUGGAGGAAUGCAUACACGAUGAGUUCAUCCGCCGAGUGGUGGAGGAGAUAAAGAAGAUGAACAUCGGAGACCCUCUGGAUCGCUCCACAGACCAUGGCCCGCAGAACCACAAGGCCCACCUCGACAAGCUUCUGGAGUACUGUGGCAUCGGGCUGAAAGAGGGGGCCACGCUGGUGUAUGGAGGCAGACAGGUGGACAGGCCAGGCUAUUUCAUGGAGCCCACUGUGUUCACUGAUGUGGAGGACCACAUGUUCAUCGCCAAAGAGGAGUCCUUCGGCCCUGUCAUGGUGGUGUCAAAAUUCAAAGAUGGCGACGUGGACAGCGUGCUGCAGAGAGCCAAUGACACGGAGUACGGCCUGGCGUCGGGCGUGUUCACCCGCGACAUCAACAAGGCCAUGUACGUGAGCGAGCGGCUGGAGGCAGGGACCGUGUUCGUCAACACCUACAACAAGACGGACGUGGCGUCGCCCUUCGGAGGAUUCAAACAGUCUGGCUUUGGCAAAGACCUCGGAGAGGAUGCUCUCAUGGAAUACCUCAAAACCAAAGCUGUGACCGUGGAGUACUGAGGAGCAUCUGUGACUGCAGUCAGACAUCCAGCUUCUCCGGACGAGCAGUUUUUCAUCCACACCACAGCUUCUUAUCUUCUUUUUGAGGAUUCAGCUACUUAUCUUGACAGCGUUAAACGCAUCAGGGUCCUGAAGUGGAAGCCGCUUUGCAGAACUGGAAUGAUUUCAGUUUUACUUUAAAACACAGCCACAAAAUUCUACCUGAAAUCUAUUAUCAAUUAGAUCAAGACAGUCCAUUUAACAUCAAUGUGAAUCAUCUUAGUUUGCUCUUUGUGCGCUGUAACAGAAAACAAGGAUAUUAUUGGAUAAAGAUGUGCGUACAGGCUCAUGUCCUCAAACAGGACCUAAGUGGCUGGAUAUGAAACUGUGGCAUAUAAAACAAAAAGCAAGUCAGCACAGAAAUAAGACACAUCAGGUUUCUGUUGAAUCUAUAAUUUCCAUUCAAAUUGAAAGCCUCAGCUGAAGGUCCACUAAUAAACUUCCAGGUCCAUUGCUGGAUGAAGGCCUUUUAAGGCUUUACUAUUUUGUUGCACUACUAUUUUCAAGGACAAGCAUUAAAUUCAACACUCACAUAAAACAAACACAAUUUUCAUUGACAUUGAUGUAUUUUAGAUUUGGCAGUUUGUUCACACACAUAAAAAAAACAAAAUUAAUGUACAGUAAUUGAGAGAAAUGGAUGUUUGUGUCAGAGUUUUUUUUUUAACACAGCAAGUGAAAAGUUUUAAUUCAGUAAAUACACAUUUGAACUCCUUCAGCACAGUGUCAUGUAAAGCUGCCAUGAGCCAUUUGAAUUUCUGUUUAUUGUAAAUAUGUUCUCACAAGAGAAGUAAAUAGGUAGCUUCGGAUCUAACACUAUUUUAAACGUGUCAAAAUGAGCCUAUUAACAAGAGCAGGUUUUUAAAGACUAGUUUUAUAUUUGACUCUCAUUGUCAGCCACAGUAAGGGCUACUUGUCUUCGCCAAACUUUUUCCCAUUACGGAGAAUAAAGUUCAGUUGAAUUUUG